UGCCCUUGGUUGUAAUCUUCAGGUCAUGUGACAUAUGGUCGUACAAAAAAAAUAUCGGUGUACAUUACAAUGUUGUAAUCAGCUGUGCGUUCUCUGUACUCUGGGAAUCUAUUAUCGUUGUCUGUUUCAACUUAAACUCGUAUCUUUUUGUUUGUGUAUUAUUAUGUGAAUGAUAGAUAAAUGGUGUGAAGGAAGUUAAUAAGAGUGAUUAUUCUUUUCGUGUGCAUUUUAUAGUAAAAUGAGUUUCAAAUUGAAUUCAGUAAGAGCCGGCUCUAUGAGUCCGCCAAGAGUCGGUAGAAGCUCUGAUCUGGAUAAUAAUAAUCGUAAAAUGACCACCGUGCAUGAUUUACAAAUUCUGAUUAAAGGAAAGGAUGAAAAAAUUAUGGAAUUACAAAAACAACUGUCCGAAAAGGACGAACAACUUCAAGAACUUCGCAGUCAGUUGGAUAAAUAUCAAAGUGUAUUUGGUCAAACUUUUAAGCAAGCUACAAAAGGACCUAGGAAGCAAAGGGCCCAGGGUAUAUCAGCUGAACCUCAAAUGGUACAGAAUCUAGUCAAUCAAGUGUUCAAGAAGCACUCAAAAUGUACAAGCUCACGAGAUUUAAUAAAGCAAGCAAUAUUAGACAAUGACUUUAUGAAGAAUUUAGAAAUGGGACAAAUACGAGAAAUAGUUGACUGUAUGUAUCCAGUAGAAUAUAAACAGGACAGCUUGAUUAUUAAAGAAGGAGAUGUAGGCUCCCUUGUAUAUGUCAUGGAAGAUGGCAAAGUUGAAGUAACGAAGGAUGGACAGAAGUUAUGUACUAUGGGUCCUGCCAAGGUGUUUGGAGAGCUCGCCAUUUUAUAUAACUGUACAAGAACUGCCAGCGUAAAAGCUUUAAUUAAUUGUAAAUUAUGGGCCAUAGAUCGACCAUGUUUCCAAAGUAUAAUGAUGCGUACAGGAAUGAUGAGACAGACAGAACACAUGGAGUUCAUUAAAAGUGUUCCAACUUUUAAAAAUUUGCCUGAGGAAUCGCUGAGUAAAAUUGCUGACGUGUUGGAAGAGACACAUUUCAACAAUGGCGAAUACAUCAUCAGACAAGGUGCUAGAGGUGAUACAUUCUUUAUCAUAGCAAAGGGAAAGGUAAAAGUAACUAAAAGAAAUUCCAAGUCUGGAGAAGAGCAAGUUAUUCGCCAUCUUCAAAGAGGAGACUUCUUUGGGGAAAAGGCAUUACAAAGUGAAGAUAUACGAACUGCCAAUGUGGUUGUCGCAGAUCCCGCCGGUGUGGAAUGUCUAGUCAUAGACAGAGAGUCUUACUGUCAAUUAAUAAGCGACUUCGAUGUCCUUAAGAAAGUAUACGAAGAUGACGAAGAGCACACAUCAUUUGAUGCCGAGUUUACAAAGUUGAAAUUGAGCGAUCUCAGUAUAGUUGCAACACUUGGUGUUGGUGGCUUUGGAAGAGUUGAACUGGUUCAAGUUAACAAUGACAGUAGUAGAACAUUUGCCUUGAAAAUUUUAAAGAAACAUCAUAUAGUAGAAACACGUCAACAAGAACAUAUCAUGAAUGAAAAGAAAAUUAUGUCAGAAUCGAGGUCAGACUUUAUAGUAAGAUUGUACAGGACUUUCAAAGACAGAAAGUAUUUGUAUAUGUUGUUAGAAGUUUGUCUGGGAGGAGAGUUGUGGACAGUUUUAAGAGACAAAGGCUCAUUUGAUGAUGGAACAACUAGAUUUUAUACAGGCUGUGUGAUAGAAGCUUUAGCCUAUCUUCAUAACAAAGGUGUUGUAUAUAGAGAUCUCAAACCAGAAAACCUCUUGUUAGACACCAACGGUUAUGUCAAACUGGUUGAUUUUGGUUUCGCUAAAAAGGUAGGAUUGGGUAGAAAGACGUGGACAUUCUGCGGAACACCAGAAUAUGUGGCUCCAGAAAUAAUUCUUAAUAAAGGACAUGAUAUCUCGUCGGAUUUUUGGUCUUUAGGGAUUCUCAUGUAUGAAUUACUCACAGGAAGUCCACCGUUCUCAGGACAAGAUCCAAUGAAAACUUACAAUAUAAUACUGAAAGGGAUAGAUGCUAUUGAUUUUCCUAGAAAAAUAACGAAGAAUGCUCAAAAUCUCAUCAAAAAGUUAUGCAGGGAAAACCCGUCAGAAAGGUUGGGAUUUGGACGAGGUGGUAUGCGAGAAAUACAGAAACACAAAUGGUUUGAUGGAUUUAACUGGGAAGGAUUACGGAAAAGAACGACUAAAUCACCGUUUAUUCCAGAGAUAAAAAAUCCUGUAGACACAACGAACUUCGAUGAUUAUCCAGAGGAAGAAGAUGAACCACCACCUGAUGAUGUCACAGGAUGGGAUCGAGAAUUUUGAUGACGUAUUAAAAUAUGUGAUAUUAUUGACAAAAAUGGUGAUUGCAUUUCUAGCCGUGUAUAUGACACAGGCAGGUAUGGAGAUCGUUGAACUAUUUUUAACUGUGAUAAGAGGCGAUUUAGUGACUUAAAGACAAGAGAGUGAGAAAUGGUGUGUAAACAGUUCAAAUACUAUUCAAUUACUAGAUAGGUUUUAUGAAUGCUACGAAUCGGACUGUGAGCCGUCCAGUGUUGCAUUAAAGAAAUUUCUUAUUCAAGAAAUGCAUUGUAGAAAAUAGUAGAAUACUUGUUUGUUUUUACUCUACAUAUUCCUUUUGAACUGUAUGAAUAAAUAGAUUAUUUUAUUAUUCCAUAUUUGUUUCGUACAAAGUCUAAGGUGUUUAUAUUGUUAUUUAAGAUAAGAUAACAUUAUUUUUUAAAUUGUGCCUACAAAUGAAUAUGAAUAUAGUUAUACAAAAGUGCCUCAAAUGUUAAAUUACUUGUCUUCCACGAAAUAUUUCCCAAUAUUUUUCUAUACUUUACGUUAAACAUCAGCGUAAUUAAAUAUAUGCAUUUUUUUCAAACAUUAUGAAAACACUGUUUUGUAAUUUUUUUUUUAUAAAUAAUGUUAAAAUGCUUAAAUGAUGAAAGAUUAUUCUGUUGCUACCUUUAUUAAUAUGUUGAUUUUUUUAAAAAUAUUUUAUGGAUAUUUUCUUUUGAUUGUUUAGUGCUUCAAAAAAAUUAUGAAUCAGUGAAUCAGUAAAUAGAUGUUAUUUAAUGUUUACAAUUUUUCAUAGUUUCGAUUUAUUAAAGUGAUUUGUUUUUAAAAUUACGGUUUUCUGUAUAUAUUCAUGUCUAUGUGUUUAAAUCUUAAAAUGAAAAAUGUUAUAUCAUUAAAUAUCGUAAAAUAGUGCAACAGAUAUUUAUUUUAAUACCUUUUUUUCCAAGAAAAAUCAAGCAUCAUAUGCAGUGUUAUUUAGAAAAAAUAUAAAUGAUAGAAAAAUAAUGAUUUCAGAUUUCGUAACCAUUUAUGAAAUAUGUACAUGUAGGUCAGAGGAACAUAGACACACCAAAGUAUGAUGGCAAGAAAUAUUUCUUGACCAGAUUUACAUUCCUUGCCAGUAGGAUGUUUAUCUUAACACAUGUGUAAUUUUUAUUAUUCUGUAUUUGUUGCAAUAUUUUGAGAUAUUUCUGGUAUAAAAUUUUUAAAGCAAUACACAUACAACUACACAUCGAUGUUUUUAUACUAAUUUUGUUAAAAUUGCAAUAUACUAUUAAGCUAAACAUUAACAUAAAAUGAAGCCCUGUGCAAUGCAAGCUAUUGCUUUAUAUUAUCUUAUUAAAAAUAUACACAUCUUCUUGCAUACAUACAAAAAGACAUAGCGUUGUUAGAGACAUUUUAACGUUUUUUUAACAAUAUGUUACCUUUUUAUAAUUGUGUAGUUUUCAGGGAGGAAGAAUAAAAUAACAACCUAGAAAAAUACAUCACUUGAUGUGGAAAUGUCAAAACAAUGUUUCCAAAUACAAGUAAUUAAUUGUUGAAAUCCACAUAAAAGAAACAUUUGAUUCAGAGGUUGUGUAUUUUAUGUUAUUGGUAUUUUAUCUUUUGAAAUGGCAUUUUAGUUUAGUUUUGGUUUUAUUUUAUCUGUUUUCAAUAGUUUGUUUUAUAAUUAGAAAUAAAUCAUAACUCUGUUUUCAUCAUACAUUAUUUCAGACAUAUAUUUUAUUAUUAUUUCAGAAACAUAUUUUAUUAUUAUUUCAGAAACAUAUUUUAUUAUUAUUUCCGAUAAAAAAGUAAAAAUAAUGGUGUGUCAUGGGUUAACUGAUAUUAAAAUUAUAUCUUAUAAAAAAUAUGUUCCAUGUAUUUUAGUUAUUUUUGUAAUUUACUGCAGAGUAUAGAAUGAAAUCGAAUUUUAAAAAAGAUGAAAUUCACUGUUAUACCUGUGAUGACACCUAUUACAACAAUGGUAUGAUAAAAGGCGCACAAUAACCAGUAUAUAUUUAUAGUGAAAUCAUAUACCGUUUCUUAUUUAAAAUUAUUUUGUAAUUGAUAAGCACUUUAAUUUCUCAAUACUUGUGAAACCAUAAAAAGUUUAUUGUUGAUUUGAGUGUAACAUGAUGGUUUGUAGGCACCAUUUUUUAGUAUAUAGAUUUGUGCAUUGCAUUUUGAUUAAAAAAUAAUCGAUAGAUUGUAUUGAAGAGAUGUGCUGUUAUAAUUUAUGUACAAUGUACAAACGUUCAUUAUUAAUACAAAAUCUAAUUUUUA